AAGCCCGACACGACCACCACCACUGAUCACAUUUAUUAAGAUCAGAUAUAACAUAAACAUCAUUAAAAGCAGCUAAUAAUAAAUUCCCAAAAAACACCAUGGAUGGAAAAAACCUCCGGAUGGAUGUGAAACCAGCAGCAUUCUUACUAUUACUCUUCCUGCUGCUGGCAGUGUGCUCAUCGGAGAAGACGGAGAGCAAAUGGGUGUCGCCGGUGGUGGCUCAGCGACCCCUCUGCACGUCCCAGUUCACCCUAGUAAACCACGCUUGCUCGUUGUUGCCGUUCACGCCCACCCCGCAUCACCGCCCGUCGUCAUCGCCGCCUUCGCCACCCAGCAGACGCAGGCAGCGGCGGCACAGGAGGCACCACGGCCGCCACCACCAUGAGUCCGCCGUGCAGAGGGAUUGUUGCAGGUGGCUCAAAGAGGUGGACGAUGAGUGCGUUUGUGAUUUGUUGGUUCACUUGCCGCCGUUCCUCUCGAGGCCGCUCCACCAGUACACCGUCACGGUUGAUGAUUCCUGCAAUGUCACCUUCCAAUGUGGUUCCAGAAUCAAAGUAUAAUAGCAGUAAUAAUAAUAACAAUAUUAUUACUGAUAUUAAGAAUGAAGGUCAUAUACCUAUAAACAUAGAGUAUUUUUAUGUACUCACUACGUUUUCCUACUACUCUUUUGUAAUUUGCUGUGUUUUGCUAAUGAUUAAGUAUGUUGGACUAGAUGGGGUUAUGACUCAUCUAUCUUUGUAACCCAACAUGAACCAUGCAUGUGAUAGAGUAUCAAUAAAAUCCCUUCUUAGUUCCCAUGUGAAUAUUAUUAAAAGGAAAAAUAAUUCAAUACUACUUAUUGCUAAAAAUAAUUCAAAGCUCAC